AUGGAGACAUUCAGCAGAAAGAGGAAAGUUGACUUGGUAACUUCUUUGUUCCAUUACUUUGUACACAGGUCCCCUCCCCUCACAAUGCUCUUCCUCUGUGCUACCAAAUUCUCUGCCUCUGCCCCUUCAGCUUGCACAGACAUCACCGCCUUCUUGCGCAAUGACUCGAGUUGUCAGCCAAAGUUGUCAACUGUCAGCUCUGGAAGUAAGAGCCAGGGGACUGGUCCAGCUUUGCCCACCUCUAAAAAGGCAGCUACAUCUCUGGAGUCUUUUUUCCAAAAGGCUGCCGAAAAGCAGAAAAUGAAAGAGCCUUCCUUUGUACCUCUUAACACGUCCACAGACAAGUCACCAGCCAAGUCCUCGCUACCAUUCCAGACCAGCCAGACUGCAGGAAUUGAGCCCUUCUUUAAGCGGAAGAGGCUGCUGUUACAGCAGCCACAGCUGAAGAAUUCUUCAGCUCCUUACCUUCCACACAAGGACUCUGAAGGGGCAUCAAGCUGUUUUCCAACAGAGUAUGCAGAUGGUGGUCCUCUUUGUGAAAGAGUGUUGAAGCCAGUAUCCUCUAAAGCAAUUUCUACAAAAGUAGAUGUGGCUGGGAACAGUCCAAACAUGGUUGAUUCUUCAGUUUACAACUCUGAGGAGGUGGCCCAAAGGGCAACUGAGGACCAAGUGAUCUGUGAGAAGUGUGACUCCCUGGUUCCAGUGUGGGACAUGCCAGAACACAUUGACUACCAUUUUGCAUUGGAGCUACAGAAGUCUUUUUUACAGCCUUGCACUUCAAAACCCCAGGCUGUUCCUGCCAUGUCUCCUCAAGGCAAAAGAAAUUCCAAGAGUCCUUUGGCUUCCAGUAAUAAACGCCUUAGGCCCCAUGGCAUGCAGACACUGGAAUCAUUUUUUAAGCCAUUAACACAUUAAUGCUGCCUCAGGCUUGCAGGAGAACUUUACUAUCUUAUUUGUAACUUGAGAUGGAAUCAUGUUGAUUUCUCAAGGGAAUCUACGAAUAUUUUAAUACAAAAUUAGGCUAAGUUUCUCUCUUCCAAUGGGAUUCUGAUCCUGUUGCUGAUCCAAAUGUUUUUAAGCUUUAGGGAGACACUGUCAUAAAAGGUGUUAGAGCCUUGGCAGACUCCUUCAGCUUUGAGCUAUCUCACUUCGUUAUCUAUAAAACUGAAGACUAUUUACAUGUAUAUUUUGAUAUAUUUAGAGGUGUAACUAAAGAGAUACAGCCCCUCAAAAAAGAAAAAAACAAGUCCUAACUUUAAAUUGGAACAGGAAAGGGGGAAAUGGGGUUGGGAAUAUAGCUCAGUGGUGGAACACUGGCCUAGGAUAGCAUUUAAUUCCCAGUACUGGAGGGAAACAAAACAAAACAGUACUAUAAACAUGGGCAGAUCCAAAAGGCUAAAGUAAUGGAUUUAAUAAGUAAUUUUCUUAGUGAAAUGUGUAGUUUUCUUUAGCCACCUAAGUGUUGGGAUUAAAUCUUUUAGGCUUUUCUGAUAUGACCUUGAAUUAUAUAUGAAACCAGGUAGUAGGUUCAAUGAGUAGGAAGAUAAGCAUACACACCUCUCUUCCCAUACAUAAAUACAACUUCAUUUUACUUGUUUAUAAAUUGGGCCUUUGUAUUUUACUUCACGGGGAAGGUUUGAAAUUCACUGUGUUUAGCAGGACAUAACCCCUUCUUUGAAUUCACUGUGACUUUUCCCCAGCUCAAUUAGUAGCUUCUUAAAGGCAGGCAAGAAUUCUCGCAGUGCCUUGCACAUAGCAUGUUAUGUUCUUCAUAUUGUGAAUGUGUGUAGUAACAAUUAUACAUCUGAUUGCCCAACUAGGACAAUAAAAAUGUACUGAGGA